UUAGCAAUGGCAACUUCGCCGCCUAUACGUGGGACAGGUGAUGGCAUGGAAACUCAGCCUUUAAAAUCAGUGGAAGCAAUCACAAAACACAGCAAAGUAGUUCACAGCCCAAAGAGAAAAACUUCCCCAUCACAGUCAUUAAGUCCAGGUGUCUUACAGUUAGGGAAAAUUCACUCUGACAAAGCAGUGGAAAUAGAAGCAGUCAGGAUUGUGGUCCCCAAGGCUGCAAUAACACACACAUUGGUGACUAAACAGGCUAAACCACAGGAAACAAAUGGACACUGUAAAGUAGACACUGUUGACUGUGUGACUGACCCAUGGAAACAGCUAGCUGAAAUGAAGAGUGCUUUGGAAAAACUGAAAAACUCAGAGAAACGGUUGCUUCAAGAUAAAGAAGGUCUUUCUAACCAGCUAAAAGUGCAGACAGAGGUUAAUCGGGAAUUAAAAAAGUUGCUGGUGGCAUCUGUUGGUGAUGACUUACAGUAUCACUUUGAGCGCACAGCUCGAGAGAAGAACCAACUUAUUCUGGAAAAUGAGGCUCUAGCACGAAAUACAGCUCAACUGUCAGAACAGUUGGAGCGCAUGUCCAUUCAGUGUGAUGUCUGGAGAAGUAAAUUCCUUGCUAGCCGAGUCAUGGCAGAUGAAUUAACAAACAUCAGGGCAAAUCUGCAACGGCAGAACAGAGAGGCUCAGAGUGCCUUGCAGGACUUGUUAAGUGAGAGAGAGCAAUUUCGGCAAGAAAUGUCCGAAACAAAAAAGGUGUUAGAAGAACUUCUGGUCUCCCUGCAGUGGGGAAGACAACAGACCUAUUAUCCCAUUGCUCAGCCCUACACCACCACAGAACUGGUUGCAGCAAACCAGAAGUUGGCAGUGGCGGUGAAGUCUCACCUUAUUGGGGAUACUGGAUCGGACUGCGCCAAACACUCCUCACAAGCAGUGGAGUUUUGCAGCACUCCUGCAGAAAAAAUGGCAGAAUGAUGUUAAAAUCUCAGGACCCUACAUUGUGUACAGAGACGUCUGCUGAUAUUUCUUUCUCUGAGUCCUCAUCACCAUCCUUCCUGGCAGCAAAGAAAAGCAUUGGACGUUUUCAUCCAUACACCCGAUACGAGAACAUCACUUUCAAUUGUUGCAAUCACUGCCAUGGGGAAUUGGUGGCUCUAUAG